UGUGGGAACCACUGGACAAGGGUAGAGGUGGGGACCACAGUUUUCCCUUAUGGAAUUUUGGCGUGCGACAUGCCUCUCCCCCAGACCCAGUGCUUGCUCCCUUCGGGGAAGCCGUUGGGUGUCCCCUAAGACCACUUGGAAAUCUCCUCCUCUAUUUUCCCGCAUUUGCAAGACGUUUUCUCCUGAUAAGGGGAGGGGGCUACUGAGGAAAGAGAGGCUCCUGUCUCCCACCCAGUGUUGGGUGGUCCAAGAAAUGGGACAGCAGAGGCCCAUUGUCCCAGCCCUGGCUCUGCUGUCAACAAACCGUGUAAGGAACUAUGUGUGACCUUGGUCGGUUCCCGAUUCUGGUCCCCGGCCCCCAGCAGCGCCUGCCCCCUUCCCACCGGGGCCCCCCAUGAUGCCACCACCCUUCAUGCCCCCUCCAGGGAUCCCCCCACCCUUUCCUCCGAUGGGGCUACCCCCCAUGAGUCAGAGACCACCAGCCAUCCCUCCCAUGCCUCCUGGCAUCAUGCCCCCAAUGCUUCCACCAAUGGGGGCGCCACCUCCGCUCACACAGAUACCAGGAAUGGUACCUCCCAUGAUGCCAGGAAUGCUGAUGCCAGCGGUGCCUGUCACCGCAGCGACGGCUCCGGGUGCGGACACCGCCAGCUCUGCUGUGGCUGGGACAGGUCCUCCAAGGGCCCUAUGGAGUGAGCAUGUGGCCCCUGAUGGGCGCAUCUACUACUACAAUGCUGACAACAAGCAGUCCGUGUGGGAGAAGCCCAGCGUGCUCAAGUCCAAGGCGGAGCUGCUUCUGUCCCAGUGUCCCUGGAAAGAAUACAAGUCAGAUACAGGCAAACUCUACUACUAUAACAACCAGAGUAAGGAGUCCCGCUGGACCCGGCCCAAGGACCUGGAUGACCUGGAGGCUCUAGUCAAACAAGAGACUGCAGGGAAACAGCAGCAGCAGCCACAGACACUACAGCCACAGCCUCCUCAGCCACAGCUUGACCCCCCGCCUGUGCCUCCUGGUCCCACCCCAGUGCCCAUGGGCCUCCUGGAACCUGAGCCAGGUGGAAGUGAAGAUUGUGAUGUGUCAGAGGCUGCCCAGGCCCUGGAGCAGGGGAUCCUGCAGCAGCCGGAGGAGGGCCCCAGCAGUUCUGCUGGGCAGCAUCAGCCACCACAGCAGGAUGAGGAGGAAUCAAAGCCAGAACCAGAGAGGACUGGCUUCAGUUGGAGCAACCGAGAGAAGGCAAAGCAAGCAUUCAAGGAGCUGCUGAGGGACAAGGCUGUCCCCUCCAAUGCCUCGUGGGAACAGGCCAUGAAGAUGGUGGUCACCGACCCCCGCUACAGUGCCUUGCCCAAACUGAGUGAGAAAAAGCAGGCAUUCAAUGCCUACAAGGCGCAGCGGGAGAAGGAGGAGAAGGAGGAGGCCCGGCUAAGGGCCAAGGAGGCCAAGCAGACACUGCAGCAUUUCCUGGAGCAGCAUGAGCGCAUGACCUCCACCACCCGCUACCGGAGGGCAGAGCAGACCUUCGGGGAGCUAGAGGUCUGGGCUGUGGUCCCUGAGAGGGAUCGAAAAGAGGUUUAUGAUGAUGUCCUCUUCUUCCUGGCCAAGAAGGAGAAGGAACAGGCCAAGCAGCUGCGGCGCCGUAACAUCCAGGCCCUGAAGAGCAUCCUGGAUGGGAUGAGUAGUGUCAACUUCCAAACCACAUGGUCCCAGGCCCAGCAGUACCUCAUGGAUAACCCCAGCUUUGCCCAGGACCAUCAGCUACAGAACAUGGACAAGGAAGAUGCACUGAUCUGCUUUGAGGAGCACAUUCGAGCUUUGGAGAAAGAAGAGGAGGAGGAGCGGGAGCGGGCCCGGCUUCGGGAGCGGCGCCAGCAGCGCAAGAACCGGGAGGCCUUCCAGACCUUCCUGGACGAGCUGCACGAGACAGGGCAGCUGCACUCUAUGUCCACUUGGAUGGAGCUGUACCCAGCGGUCAGCACUGAUGUCCGCUUUGCCAAUAUGCUGGGCCAGCCGGGCUCCACCCCUCUGGACUUGUUCAAGUUCUAUGUGGAGGAGUUGAAGGCACGAUUCCAUGAUGAGAAGAAGAUCAUUAAAGACAUCCUUAAGGACCGGAGCUUCUGCGUGGAGGUGAACACAGCUUUUGAGGACUUCGCCCACAUCAUAAGCUUUGACAAGAGGGCUGCUGCGCUGGACGCAGGCAACAUCAAGCUGACCUUCAAUAGUCUGCUGGAGAAAGCAGAGGCACGGGAGAGGGAGCGGGAGAAGGAGGAGGCCCGGAGGAUGCGGCGCAGGGAAGCUGCCUUUCGAAGCAUGCUGAGGCAGGCCGUGCCUGCUCUGGAGCUGGGCACUGCCUGGGAAGAGGUCCGUGAGCGCUUUGUGUGCGACUCAGCUUUUGAGCAGAUCACCCUGGAGUCGGAGCGGAUCCGACUCUUCCGGGAGUUCCUGCAGGUGCUGGAGACUGAAUGCCAGCACCUCCACACCAAAGGCCGAAAACAUGGCAAAAAGGGCAAGAAGCACCAUCGCAAGCGUUCCCACUCACCCUCAGGCUCUGAGUCGGAAGAGGAGGAGCUGCCCCCACCGUCUCUCCGGCCCCCCAAGCGGAGGCGGCGGAACCCCUCAGAGUCUGGCUCUGAGCCCUCUUCCUCGCUUGACUCGGUUGAGAGUGGGGGUGCUGUCCUUGGAGGACGGGGCUCCCCAUCCUCCCGCCUUCUCAUUGGGUUAGAUCAUGGCCUCCGGAAAGCCAAGAAACCAAAAAAGAAAAAUAAGAAGAGAAGACACAAGUCGAACAGUCCCGAGAGUGAGACAGAGCCUGAGGAGAAGGCUGGCAAGGAGAGCGAUGAGAAAGAACAAGAACAAGACAAGGACAGGGAGAUCCGGCGGGCAGAGCUCCCUAACCGCUCCCCAGGCUUUGGAAUCAAGAAAGAGAAGGUGAGAAGCAGGUGCCCAGGCCAGGCCACACUCUAUCUGUGCCUCCAUGGCUCUCGGUGGAGGUCCUGGGUCAGCCAUGCCUGUGCUCCAGCAGACAGGCUGGGACACGUCGGAAAGCGAGCUGAGCGAGGCUGAGCUGGAGAGGCGUCGGCGGACACUCCUGCAGCAGCUGGAUGACCACCAGUGACCCAGCGGGCUGCUCUCCGCCCCGGUCUGUGUGAGGCUGUGGUUCCCAGGUCACACUCACUGUCUCCCCCAGACUGCUCCUUCAUCUGGUCUGUGUCCACUUUUCCUCAAGUCACCCCACCCCUGACACACCAUUGUUGGUACCUCUCUAGGUUGCUCUUGGUGUCCAAGGGUCCCCCACUUCCUGGACAACUAGUGCAGUUCUUGCCCUCAGCCCUAGACCAGAAAUUGGUGGUAUAUGCUGUGUGGGUGGGUGAUGCCAGUAGAUAAAAUGUGAGAGAAGGGGUCUCCAAGGAAGAGGGCCAGGCUGGUGGACACAGCCUGGGUGGCAGAGGGCAGGGUCCUUACCCUCCAGCAUCAGUGCCUGCUCCUGCCUGCCCUGGCCCUGGGGCUCCACCACUGCUUCCUCCAGCCCUGGGGUCCAGUAUACGUGUGUUUUGUUUUGUUUUUUAAAUAAUAUUUAUAACAUGG